UGAUGUGGGCGGGGCCGGCGCUGCGGGAUGGACGCGGUUCUGCUCGCCGCCGUUGCCGUGCUGCUCGCCGUCCUUCUUUUCUUCACCACCCGCCUCCGCGGCCAAGCUAGGGCAGCUGAUGAGGGUGAGCAGCAGCAGCAUGUGGCAGCAGCAGCAGCAGCAGGGGCCAGGCCGCGGGCCCAGGAGGAGCAGCGGGCAGAGGGGAUGCCCCGGCGCCGCAGGAACAUGGGCACCAGGCUGAUGGCACAGAGGAGGGCCCAGCAGGCAGAGCAGGGGCUGGAAGAGGAAGAGGAUGCUGAGGAGGUGCCAGAAUUUCAGCUGUCUGGGAAAAUUGGAGCAAAGAAGCAGAGGAAAUUAGAAGAGAAACAAGCCAGGAGAGCACAGAGAGAGGCUGAAGAAGCAGAGAGAGAAGAAAGGAGAAAACUCGAGUCCAAAAGAGAGGAGGAGAGGAGGAAAGAAGAGGAGAGGAUUCGUCAGGAGGAGGAGCAACAGGAAGAGGAAAAAAGGAAGGCAAAGGAAGAGGAGGAGAAGAGAGAAUAUGAAGAGUACCUGAAGCUGAAGGAGAGUUUUGUGGUUGAAGAGGAAGGGGUUGAAGAGUCAAUGACAGAGGAGCAGUCUCGCAGCUUUCUCAUGGAAUUCCUGGAAUAUGUUAAGAAAACAAAAGUUAUCCAGCUGGAGGACAUGGCUUCACAUCUGGGUUUAAGGACACAGGAUGCAGUUAACAGAAUCCAGGACCUGAUGGCAGAUGGCACCCUGACAGGUGUGAUUGAUGACAGGGGAAAGUUCAUCUACAUCACAGCAGAGGAGAUGGCAGCCGUGGCGCAGUACAUCAAGCAGCGAGGCCGAGUGUCCAUUGCAGAGCUGGCCCAGGCCAGCAACUCCCUCAUCAACCUGCAGCCUGACAGCAGAGCUGUGGCUCCCACCCUGGCCUGAGACACACACACACACUGCAGGAGUUGAAGCUCUUAAUGAGUAAAGCACAUAAUUAAAGGCAAAUGAGAAGCUCCCAGGGCCGUUGGUGGUGCCUGAAGGUAGGAUGAUGCUCUUCUGAAGCACCAGCUGCAAACUAAAAAGUUUUGCUUUUCCUUCUGUUAGAGCUGCUUUUAAAUGGUAAAAAAUUGAUUGUACAAGAGGCUGGCCAGGAGCUCAAACACUGGUGCACCUGUAGCCAACAAGAUCAGUAAUUUAUCCCCUGGCAGCCAGUCUCAUGUUGCUAUAAACAAAUUUAUUGUUGUUUGCAGAUUCUGAUGUCUGUAUCAAAUUAUUUGGGGUUGUUUGCAUUCAGGAUUCUCCAGGCUUGCUCUGCACUGUGGAGCUGUUUAACUUUGUGAUGGACACAGGUUUGUUUGCAUUCAGGAUUCUCCAGGCUUGCUCUGCACUGUGGAGCUGUUUAACUUUGUGAUGGACACAGCAUUGGCUGCUGUAACCAGAUUGGAAGGAAAGAUUAAAAAAAAAAAUACUAAAAGUGUGUCUUUGUUCUUGCUGAAAUAUAUCCUGAAACCCUGGAAAGAAUGACUGCUCUGUUCAAAAUUCCAGGGGCUAUUUCAGGAACCCUUUGCUAUAUAAAUAUGUUUUCCUUGGUUUAUGUAACAUGAAAAGUUUGCUUGCAGACAAGCUGCAUCAUUUCCCUGUGGCCAAGAGACAGAAACCCCUCCAGGGAAGGGCUGAGUGGGCUCAUUUAUUUAUUUAUUGUGCAGGCCAGUGCUGCUGAUACCAACCAGAUCCUGGUGAUUCAUCCUUUGAAGUCAGAGCCAGCUCAGAAGGCCUCAGACACCCCCACCCCUUGGCCUCUGUGUGCUGCAGGUCUGGGGGUUUUAAAUAAAAACUUCAGACACUCUGAGUCAUGCAAUUAAUGUUCCAAGUUAAUGAUUAUUAAUGCAUUAAUUGUAUGGGUCAGUGUAUUUCCUGCAUAAAAAUAUUUAUUUCUUCAAUCAUUCAUUCUCCUUUCUGAAAUCAGCAGCAUUUAUGUGGAUGAACAGUAACUGGGGAGGACAAGAGGUUUUGUCCCUGCCAAAUUUAGAGGUAACUUGAGCAGACUAAAAGCCACCUUAUCAGUGGGAUGAGACAGCAAUAAAACAAUGGAAGGAAACAUUUCCUUUUCAUCUCUGCACUGCUGCUGGGUGUCAGAGUGCAGGAGAGUGGAGUUCCACCAGCAUCACGUGCUGUGAAAGAUCAGCACAUCCUGAGUGCUCUGCAACCACAGCCAGCAAAGAGGUUAUUUAACAUUUGAGGCUUGUAAAGCCUCUUUCUUAAGGAUUGCAUAUUAAAUUUUUAAAAA